AUGAAAACCAGUGAUGGAUUUGUACGUGCCGACAGCCGAAACCUUCCAAAAGUGGAACUUCCGAGGCUUUUGGAAUAUAUACACAACAAUGACGUUUACAAUGCUAGUGAAAUAAGAGUAGCCAAAACACCCAUGUCGUCUCGAGAUUCCUAUGUUGAUACAGCUAUUGAUUACGUGGAAGUUAAGAGAGAAGAAAUCAAAUGCGUUUUGAAAGCAAAAGUGACCACAGAUCACCGGAUUCGAACAAAAAUGUACAGUAUAAAUGAAGACAGUGUAGUUAUUGAAAACUUAAUCUGUGAUGUCUGUGCUGCAUCUGCAGGCGGCUGCAAACAGGGAAUUUGUUUUGCACACUGGAUCAUCAAAAGGACUGAAGAGCCAUCAGUUACAACAUCUGUCUCUUGCUACUGUAAGAAACCCAGAGUCAGUGAAGCUAUUAUACCUAGGAAACAAGAAGACUUUUGA